AUGCACAUGUGGAAGUUCACCCACAACCACUUCGCCAAGUUCAUGAUCAUCCCCUUUGCCCUCCUUUCUUCUCACGCUGCGUCCCUCGCCUACAAAUACCCCAACGUGCCGCCAGCCCUGCUCGGUCACGGCGCGCAGAACCUCAACAAAGACCUCAUCACAUGGUCCCCCUCCACGGCCAUCCCGCUUGCGCUGCUCUUCUUCGUUGGUGUCCCACUGCGUCUCAUCCCGUACCGCCACCUCGGCAAGAAUUUUACGUUCGCGCUGACCAAGCCGAGCGGGCUGCGGACCACGGGGAUUUAUGCGUACAUGCAGCACCCCAGUUACACUGCCGUUGUAGUGCUUGUGCUGUGCAACAUUGCCCUGCUUGCGAGAUUGGAUGGAGUGCUUGGAUGCUGGAUCCGGCCGGACAUGGUGAGGACCUUGACGGGGGUUGAGAUUGCGGGCCUGGCUAUUGGGGGUUGCUUGUUUUUGACUGGGGUUGGAACGAGAGUCGUGGAGGAGGAGGCCAUGUUGAAGGAGGAGUUUAAGGAGGAUUGGGUGCAGUGGCAUGCGAAGACGGCGAGGUUUAUUCCCUGGGUCAUUUGA